CUUCAAAAUGUAACACGUGUUGCCAACUACACAGAGGUGGUGAAGAACCUGUUUCCGCUCUUUCCGGAUAAAGAACACUACUCAGAUGCAGGUCCAGACCGCUGCAGAACCUGCGCUGUGGUCGGGAACUGUGUUUUCAUCUCCAUUGGGGUUUUUAAUAGCUUUCCUGUAGUUCAGCGGAUGAGAGCUCUGUGGAUAUGGACAACUCAACUCACCUGGUGUUUUAUCCUUUUAAGAUUCUGGAUAUGGAGUGGCUCAUCAGUGCCUUCACCACUAAAAACAUCAUAAAAACAUAUAUAGAAGUGCCAUCCACAAUAAAGGCUUAUAAGGACAAGGUGAUGAUACUCCACCCAGAAUUUAUGAAAUAUGUUUAUAUGAAUUGGACGGACAGUCACGGGAGUUAUCCAUCCACAGGCUUCCUAACGCUGAUGUUCGCUCUGCACAUCUGUGAUGAGGUGAAAGUUUUCAGGUUUGCUACAGCGACAAGAGCUGGAAAGUGGCAUCAUUAUUUUGAAGUCAUACUGGAGACUAUGAAUAUCAGACAAUCCGUCGACUUGAGCAGGAGAAGAAGAUUGUGAUGUUCAAGAGUUGGACAUGAACCAAAACGAUUUGGAAAUGUUGCGAACAUAGUGACAUGAGAAUUCCUAGAAAGAAAUAAUUACAACAUAACACAUUUUUCUUCGAGGUGAACAUUCAUAAAACCUGUUAGGUAUCAUCGGCAACGUGUGUAUAAGGACAUUAUGUACAGUUUGUAGUUGUUAUUUCAAAAAAAAUCUGAAAGGUUGAUCAGGAGCUACUUAAGGCAGAUUGGAAGAGUGUUCCACUCUUUUACUUGAAAACAAACAAUGUUUCAUCAUUUUAAUAUGUAUAUAGUAUAGUAACACAGAUGAGGCCCAAAAUAUCACUCAAAUAUAAACCCUUUAUUUCAUCCUCAGGAUUCUUGAUGGCGGGAAUUGACAGUAAAUCUUGAUAUCAGAAAUCAAUAUGGCUUGCAGACUUAGUCCUGAAAGUGCAGUGAAUACUGAGGAACGUCAGAACGCUGGAUUGAUCAGAAUCAAUAUUCCACAAGGUCAUGUCCGUCUCUUCAUCUGCUAUACAUUCUCAAGGAACAUAGAAUUGAUUAGAAUUUGUUGUAUUGUAAUUUAUGCUUGUUUGUUUACCUGUUAUUGUGUGUUUUUGGAUAUAAUGCUUGUGAAUGCAAGUACAUGAUUAUUGUGUGUAUCAUGUGUGAACAAGCUCGGCCGUGUUGUUCUUUCAUCUUUACUUUUGUCUACAUCGGAAAUAAAAGUGUUGUUGUAUUCCAAGCUAUUCCAAAGUAUACUCAAAAGAGGGGUAAUAUUGUCCCAAAUGUAGCACUAUUGACACUUGGAUAACCACUUAGACAGGACAUUGACAUUAGCAUCGUAACGUAGGCUUACAAUAUACUUAAACUUUACUUAAACUGAAUGAAUUGAUUCUGAAGUACGUAGGAUUCAGAUGCCUUCACUUGAGAAAAGGUUAUGAAAUAAAUUCCCUAAACCAAACUGUCAAUCACAGUAAAAUGACCUCCAGCGAAUUG